UCUCCUCUGGCAUGCACUCCGUCGACAACAGCACCAGCCAGGUCCCAUCACCAUCCCCAACCGACCGCAAUCACCGCGGCACCAAGCAGCUUCUGCCUCAACCGCCGCAGUACCAGUCUGCAAUCGCGACAGGCCGAGGCGCUUUGCAUGCGAACAAGUGUGAGAACGGCGCAGCCACAACUCUUUGAUCAAUACCGCCAACGACCCACCCCUUAAACACCUCGCGCAUUGCUCGACUUCAAGCGCUUCGGUGCUGCCCCGGGUCCGAGUCAGGCCCAGCUGUGGUCAAACCAGGCAAAACACCUCCUGCUACUUUGUUGUAAUCCAGGCUGUCGAGUCGAGACUGCCACUUCAGCCCUGCGGCAUCGGUCCGCACACCAGCGCCCUGAUCCCCUCGAGAUGGGACGCAAGCCCACGCCGCAGCCGCUGAUGCUGGCAGACUCAAAUGCCUUGGAGCAUAUUGCAAACAGCGGGCCCGCAGCCACUGAGGUGACGACGCAAGGCUUGUCGCCCGCCGACUCCAGGUCCUCGUCCUCGCACCGCUCCUCCCCCCUCACCAGCAGAUUUGCCCCUAAGAGGCCGCAAACGGGGAAGCCUGCCCUGCCACCCAGCGACAGCUCGAAUCAUCAACAUCAGUCGCACCACCAGCGAUCACAGUCUGCCCGUGACGACCGCCCGCCCGUCUCCGCGACCGGGCCUCCGGCGUCCCACGCCCCUGUCCCCCAGCCAGUGACACGAUCCACAGCCUCCGACAGCAAGAAAUCGACCAAGAGCGGCUUCUUCCACUUCGCCAAGUCGUCAAAGAGCUCCAAUCAGCUACUCAACCUACCGGUGACGCAACCAAAUACGGAUUCGCGGGAUCGGUCUUUGGCGACAGAGGGCGAUCAAACGAGCGUUCGUCAAAACGAAGCAAACUCUUUUUACGCACAAGGUUCGCUAGAGAAGCCGGCAACACCGCUCCCGUCCCGUUCCGAGCUCUCACUCUCCUCAACGGCAGCCGAGCACGAACCUGCUCCGAUACCCUCCCCGGGCAAAAAACCAAAAUCCAAUCCCUUUGGUAUACUCAGCCGCACCAAAUCUGCGCGCGAGAACAAGGGCCGCAUCAGUCCCCAACCUUCCACCGCCAUGCCGCCUGGUGCACCUAGCAGAGCGGAUUCUCACGAGGACUCGGCUCCCCUCAGGACCGCACCUGUCACCCAGGAUCGAGCAUUUCGAGAUAUGAUGAACUCGACCACUAGAAAUCGGUCCGAAGACCGGGCUGUUGGGCGGGAUGCUGGACAGGGCAAAGACAACAGUCGCGAACGAGACUAUCGCCAUGUACCACCCUCAACCACACGAGACAACGGGGGCGGGUCAACAUUUCUUAGCGGCUUGAGAAAUUCUUCAACAAGAGCUGCUGACAUGAUAAGUAAGGGCUUGUUUGGGAAAAGUUCACGAAGCGGAAGCACCACAGAGAAGGAACCUGUCAUUGAUGACGAACAUUACGUCCUUAAGGUAAUAAACCUUCCUUUGGUGGAGCAAACGCGCUUGACACGCAUCUCAAAACGGCUGGAAAACUCGAGAGACAAGACGGAGUUUUGGAUGCCCGCUUUCCCAUGGCGGGCAAUCGACUAUCUCAACUACAAGGGUUGCGACGUGGAAGGCCUGUACCGAGUUCCCGGGAGCGGUCCACAAAUCAAGAAAUGGCAGCGGAAGUUUGACGAGCAAUUCGACGUGAACCUGUUCGAAGAAGAGGAAUUAUACGACAUCAAUAUCAUCGGCUCGAUGCUCAAAGCCUGGCUGCGGCAACUUCCAGAUGAGUUGUUCCCAAAAGAAGCCCAGGAAAGAGUUGCUCGGGAAUGUGCCGGCUCGACAGAGGUCCCUCAGCUCCUCAUCGAUGAACUCUCCAAUCUGUCUCCAUUCAAUUACUACUUGCUAUUUGCAAUCACAUGCCACCUCAGCCUCCUUCUUGCGCAUUCGGACAAGAACAAGAUGGACUUCAGAAACCUCUGCAUCUGUUUUCAGCCAUGCAUGAAGAUUGAUGCCUUCUGCUUCAAAUUUCUGGUGUGCGAUUGGAGAGAUUGCUGGAAAGGCUGCAAGAGUGAAGCGAAAUACAUUGAGCAAGAAUACAGGCUUUUCGAUCAGCCUCCUCCGCGCGGCCUCUCUGAGCCUCAGCAGCCAGCGCAAAGCGAGGAUCUCGACAAUCGUCUGCUUUCAUCUCCAGACAGCGCUUCGCACUCAACGCAUGGGGGCAGGGAGGCGCCAAUCCAGUCAAAAGGCCACCGCAACCAAUUUUCAAAGUCCAACGUCAGCAUCCACUCAAACACUUCCACUAUCUCAAAUGACAGCCAUCGAAGUUACCACGACGGAGCUCAGGUUGCGAGGGAUCUGCGACCACUCUCACCAAUUCAACCGCUGUCACCCAUCGGGUUCUGAUUUUUUGAAGAGCACGAUGCCUCCACAGGUCACUAUCCUCCGCAGGCGGUAUGAUGGCUUGAGAGGAUAACACUGCGCUCUCGUUUGGCGACAAUAACUUACGAUUUUUGAGGACAAGUCUGUCCUUUGCUGUCAGGACAUGCGAGUCUAGAGAGCUUGAGCACUUGGUCACACAGUUCUUAUACCUCCCGCAAUCAUGAGACAGCACUUUCACCAGUCUUCCCGGCAGGCGACGGUCUCAUGAGCUGAUUUUUUUGUCUUGCGCGUUUCGUUUGUCUUUGCAUGCAAGAUGCCAGAAUUCAUACCCUUUCUUUCCUUGGUUCGAGACGGUAAAAUACCCGCUUGCAUCGAAUCUUCAGCGUUGUCCUCCUUCGAAGCUAGUUACGGUUGGGCGCGAGGUGGUAAUGAAGCAGACGGUGAUGCUUAUUAAUGCACCACCCUUGGCCCGGGCAGUGUUCAGAGUUUGACUUCUUUUCUGUCUUAUGCACGUUGGAGAAAAGCGUCCUUUUUAUAACGGAGUCGAUGUACAAUAACUGAGGUUUUGGCUGAGUUGGAGAUGAAGUUUUCGGAUGCUUCAGUUUGGAGAGACGUGGACGACUGCAAUCAAGGGGAUUGACGUCAAGACACGGAGCCCCAAAAGUUGGCAAAAUGGAUUAUGUUGUGUGAGGCCGAACUGUCCCCAGUCCCAAAGUCGUAACUGCCUGGCAACUCCUAACUCCGAGCCACCAAUGCCACAGCCGGGGCAAACUGCAAAUGGAGUAAAAUAUAGCCAACAGAUUCUGUCUUACCCUUUGAUG